UAUAAUUCGAGUUGUUGUGAAAAAGCAAGAGAUAACUAAUGAAAUCACACGGAAACUUGAAGUUCAGGUUAGAUUUGUUGCGUGUUUUUAUUGUUGAACGGUGCAUAACUUCGCCUUUCUUUCCUCCUCGGCCCCCGUAGUGGAGAACAGGCGCGCAGGCAGACUCACAACACUUUUCCACAAGAGGAUUUUUCUUCAGAGUUUGCCAUGGAGGAGGUGGUGCGGCUCGUCUCGUCGGGAGACUGCGUGAAGAUCUGGGACUCUGUUUCCAUGACGACGUGCGAGCAGUUCCUCCCCCACAGCGCGACGCACCCUGUGUCCCAGGUGUGCUGGAGCUCCAACAACCAGUAUCUCGUCAGUGCCAGCAGCGUUGGAGACAAGCUGGUGGUGUCCAGCCUCAAGGCGUCUCCUGUCCCUGUUAUUGAGCUGGCCGAAGGGAAACGACAGACGCGCGUGUGCCUCAGCUCCUCCUCCCAGUACCUGCUGAGCGGCGGUCUGGACCACACGGUCAACCUGUGGGACCUGAAGAGCAGGAGGCUCCACCGCUGCCUGAAGGACCAUAAAGAGGAGGUGACCUGCGUCUCCUUCAACGCUAACGACACCUGCGUGGCGUCGGGCUCCACCAGCGGUGACCUCAUCCUCCACGGCCUCACCACCAACCUGUCCAGCAAGCCCUUCGGCCACGGGGCCAAUCAGCCCAUCCACGACCUGCGGCUGUGCCCGCUGAAGCGCUCCCUGCUGGGCAGCGUGUCGGACGGCGGCACGGUGGCGCUCUGGGACUCCAACACCCAGAAGGAGCUGCACGUGUUCGACGGCGCCCACAAGGCCCCCGGCUCCGGCCUGGCCUUCUCCCCCGCCAGCGACUUGCUCUUCAUCUCCGCCGGCCUCGACAAGAAGAUCAUCUGCUACGACACGGCCAGCAAGAUCAUCCUACGGGUGAUCAGGGCAGAGGCCCCCCUGACGGCGGUGGACUUCUCCCCUGACGGCCUGGGGGUGGUGGUGGGCUCCACCCAGGGCAAAAUCUACCACUACGACCUGAGGAACCCCAGCAGCCCCACCCGCGUCACCCCGGCUCACAAGACCUCCGUCACCUGCCUGCGCUACCAGAGCUCCAGCAGCAAGCAGCCCAAGUCCUCUAAGGGACCAGGCAGUAAAAGAAUCUCCAGCAAACUGCAGAGUGGCCUGUCUGACUCCGCCCCAAGGCAUGGCUCCGCCUACCAUAGCCCCGCCCCCCACAGCGGGGAGCAAAACACUGCAGGGGGCGAGUUCGCCGAGGGCCAGUCGGAACCCCUCGGUGCGCUCGGGAAAUUCAACAACAGCGUUGGACGCAACAGUCUGGACAUGUUCUCUCCUGUCCACGAAGCAGGGGGAAUGAGUUUGGAGAGCAGGUCUGAACCUAUCACUGCUCUCGGGAAAUUCACCAGCGUUGGCCGCAGCAGUAUGGACAUGUUCUCUCCUGUCCGCGAAGCAACAGGUGGUGAUAUGUUUCCAAGAGACGGGGAAUCGCAGCCAAUCAGAGGCCGAAGCAGUCUGGACGUCUUCUCCCCCCUCAGAGACGACUCCUCCUCUGGCCUUCCCCCCCGCAAGACGCCACUAGGCACCCCUGGGAACCGCUGCUUCAGCCCGCUGUCCUUCUUCAAGACCCCUCCACCAAUCAGAGAGGAGGAGACUCCGCCCUCCCCGGGCCAGACAGUCGACCCCCAACAGAGCCUCAGCAGCAGCAGCAGCAGUCCAGAGGCCGGGCAGACGAUGCCGACCGCAUCACUGCAAGCUAAUCAGAGCCAACCAGGUCCCGCCUUCUGCACCCCAGAGCCCAGCCUGCGGAGAACCGAUAGCCUCUCAGCUCUGCUUGGAGCUGGCUCCUCCCACAAGGCAGCCACGCCCACCACAGCUCCAGGCGCGGCAGAGCUGUCGUCCAGCGUGGCGGCCCAGCUGGAGGGGGUGUGUGCCCAGGGGGGCGCCCCCCUCAGCGCCCUGCAGACCCACUUCAUCCAGAACAUGAUCCACGACACCCUGGAGGAGUUCAGGGACACCUGCCAUCGCGACAUCGUCAACCUCCAGGUGGAGAUGAUCCGACAGUUCUACAUCCAACUGAAGGAGAUCCACGGCCUCAUAGAGAAGUACUCCCUAAACGACUCGCUGCUGGAGGAGAUCCAGAAGCUCCGGGAGGAGAACCGCAAACACUUCAACUACUGAGAGGGAUGUGUGUGUGUGUGUGUGUGUGUGUGUGUGUGUGUGUGUGUGUGUGUGUGUGUGUGUGUGUGUGUGUGUGUGUGUGUGUGUGUGUGUGUGUGUGUGUGUGUGUGUGUGUGUGUGUGUGUGUGUGUGUGUGCGUGCGUGUUUAAAUAAAGUGUAAACCUGU